AUGCCUGCUAGGGCAAGUCAGGUGUCGCCGAAGGUGCAUCGGCACAACAUUUACACGCUGACGGACAGCUCAGAAUGUGGGUCAGAGACGGAAGAGGAUGCAGACCAUUCCAAGCGCCUGACACCCCUGGAGAAGUUAACGCUGGAAAUGUGCAAUGACGAAGAGACCAUAAAAGAACUGACGGUGGGCAGAAGGGUGGGAUUCUAUAAAGUCCGCGGUCAGAUCGGCUGUGGGAACUUUUCGAAGGUCAAACUGGCCGUCCACGCGCUCACCAAAGACAAGGUUGCCAUUAAGAUCAUGGAUAAGAUGAGGCUCGAUCUGCAGACCCAGAGGAUGCUGUCUAGAGAGAUCUCAAACAUGGAGAGCUUGUAUCACCCAAACUUAUUGCAGCUCUAUGAAGUACUUGAGACGCCAAGUCGGUUGUACCUAGUUCUGGAGUUUGCCGGAGGAGGAGACCUCCACACCAGAAUCAGCUCAGGAGGAAAACUCUCUGACCAAGAGAGCAAGAUUGUAUUCGCCCAAAUCCUGUCAGCAGUCAAAUAUAUGCAUGAGAACAACAUCAUCCAUCGAGAUCUGAAAGCAGAAAAUGUUCUUUAUACAACCAACUCCUGCAUAAAAGUGGCUGAUUUUGGCUUCAGCAAGAGGGUCAACAAUCGCAAUCAAGCCCUAGACACCUUUUGUGGUUCUCCUCCUUAUGCAGCUCCAGAACUCUUCAAAGAUGAGUCUUACAUCGGGCCACCUGUGGAUGCGUGGGCAAUGGGCGUCCUGCUUUUUUUCAUGGUGACUGGCACAUUGCCUUUUCGCGCUGACACUGUGGCCAAGUUGCGCCAAAGCGUGCUAGAGGGUGCCUACGUCCUGCCAACCUGGGUAUCAGCUCCAUGUCAGCGGCUGAUCAGGGGGAUCUUGAAGCCAGAACCUUCGGAGCGAUGCGCACUGGACCAGAUGCUGGGCUGCGAGUGGCUGCUGCCAGUGGAACUCUUCCGGCCUAUUCCUCCCUUAUACCAGCUCAACCCCAUCCAUCUAAUAGAGGCCAGCCCAGCGGAGUUAGACAGAGACCAGAAAGAGGUAAAAGGUAUCCUGGAGAAACUGGGAGUCACUCAGGAACAUAUUCUCAAUAACCAAGGAAAGCGCAUUCGCAGUCCCAUUACAGGGGUUUACCGCAUACUACUGCACAGAAUUAAAAGAAACCAUGGAGCCGAGUCUGUGCCUAUAAUCAGUGGAGUCGUCAAAGAUCCUAAAAGAGACAGUCUCCGUGCCUAUAGGAACCUACGGCACUCCUCGAAACUGUGUGUGCUUUCUUAAAGGCAUAGUUCAUCCCUUUUAUUCAGUCUUUUUGUCCAUACCCCAUUGACUUUCAUUGUAUAUGCUCAAAAUAACACUGCAACAUUUUCAAAAUAUCUUCUAUAUGUGUUUCACAGAAGGGACAGCAAGAGGGUGAAGACAGUAAAUGAAUAAAGUUUUAAUUUUUGGACAAACAAACCAUGUAAUCAGCCUAAUACUAUUGGAGUUGUGGCAUUUUACUGUUAAUAGACCAGAUCAAUGAGAAACUAUAUGCUAAUUCUUAUUAACUUAAACAGUACGUUUAAAAUAGUUUCAUUUCAGUAACUACUUGCACAAUAAAUUUUAUUUAAUUGUCAGUGGCUUAACUUAUGUAAUAUUUACAGUACGUGUUUC